CAGCUCAGUAGGUGGCGGUGAUGAUCAAUGUUUUUCUAUCUGCGGAUCAGUCUGUCUUUAAUGAAGAAGAGAUGGCGUCACGACUUCUCAUAAACAGUUGGAGGUGAAGAUGUGGGAAUUAUCAGAUAUUUUUUAAGUCAAACUUUUUUUCUGUGAUGAGAUGGAAAUCAUGGCUGCGAAUCUGUCUGCUACCUCCCCGUCCACCUCCACGCUGCCUCCAUCUCCCUGUGUGGAAAACCUUGGUUUCCCAUUGUCCUCUAUGGACAAUGAAGACUAUGUGUUUGUGGAGGCUCGGCAUUCCAACAAAGUUUUGGAAGGCUUGAACAGCUUACGGCUCAAUAAUGCCUUCUGUGAUGUGACUCUGUGCUGCGGAGGGCAGGAGUUUCCCUGUCACCGCAUCGUACUGGCUUCUUUCAGCUCUUACUUUCAGGCCAUGUUCUCCACUGACCUAAUGGAGUCACGGCAGGAACGGGUGGCCAUCAAUGGGGUGGAGCCCCAAAUGAUUGGCAUGCUGGUGUGCUACGCCUACACCGCAGAGGUGGUGAUCUCCAAGGCUAAUGUGCAGGCGCUCCUUGCAGCUGCUAACCUGCUGGACGUGAUGGCAGUACGGGAGGCCUGCUGCAGGUUCAUGGAGCGUCAGAUGGAUGAAAUGAACUGCGUGGGCAUUCACUGUUUUGCUGAGGCACACUCGUGCCGAGAGCUGGAGCGAUGCAGUAUGGAAUACAUACAACAGCACUUUAGCACCGUCUGCCAACAGGAGGAAUUUCUUUCUCUUUGUGCUGAUAAACUGACAGAGAUAAUUUCCAGUGACCAUCUGAAUGUGCCAAAAGAAGAGACCGUAUUUGAGGCGUCCAUGCUCUGGCUUGAGAAGAACCCCUCACACAGACAGAGCUUUGAAAAGGUUCUCGAGCACAUCAGAUUGCCUCUCAUCAGUCCAUACUAUAUCCAUGAUGUUAUUGAGACACUGGAUGUGGUAAAGGAAUCAUUCAAGUGCCAGAAGCUGAUUUCUGAAGCCAAGGAUUAUUUACUGCUUCAGGACCGCAGGGGAGAGCUGUACAGCUCCCGAGCACGGCCACGGCGCUCAACAGGAACAGCAGAGGUGAUAGUGACGGUCGGUGGAGAGGAUGACAAGGUUGUGUUACGCAGUGUGGAGAGUUUUGAUCCUCUUACAAGGCAGUGGAAGAGUCUAGCUUGCUUGCCCUUUGCCGUCAGCAAACAUGGCUUAGUCGUGUCGGGCUGUAUGCUGUAUUUGGCGGGAGGGGAAUUUCCAGACGGCUCUGCCAGCAGAGAGAUGUGGCGUUAUGACCCAUGUUUUGACUCCUGGUUAGAGAUGGCACCCAUGAAUGUUGCUCGAUCAGAACUGGGGUUGGUGAUGUUGGAUGGAUAUGUGUUUGCUGUGGGUGGCUGGGAAGGUCGUUCUCGUCUGGACUCAGUCGAGUGUUACGAUCCUCACACAAACACAUGGCAGUUUAAGGAAUCGGUCAAAAUGGCAGUGACCAGUCCAGCUGUCGUGGCGUUGGAUGGAUUACUUUAUGUAACAGGUGGUGCUGUUUUGGAAGAUGGUGAUGGCACAGAUCUGGCACAGGUAUACAACCCUAAAACGUGCGUGUGGACAGAGGUGGCAUCCAUGCAGAUUGCUCGCUCUGGAUCUGCAGCCUGCACCCUGAAGGGCAAGAUUUACGUCAUAGGUGGCUGGCAUGCUUCCACUGAGAACACAGAUAAGGUUGAGUGCUAUGACCCAAAGACCAACAAGUGGACCAUGUGUGCCCCCAUGAAGGAGAGACGCUAUCGACCCGGUGUGGCUGUAGUGGAUGGAAAAAUUUACGUUUUAGGAGGAGAGGAGGGAUGGGACAGGUAUCAUGAUACUAUAGAGCGGUACUGUGAAGAAUCAGACAGUUGGGAGAUCGUCGGGGAGAUGCCCACCAGUCGAAGCUGGCUCAGCUGUGUCUCACUGCAGCUGAGGAAGGACACUUACGCAAGUAGCCGUCCUGGCACCGCCUCCGAGACAGAGUUUCCUGUGGACUGAGAGAUUCUGGGCAUCAUCGCUAAUGCAAGUGGCUAGAACAGAAGGCCGGCGGGCAGCUUUCAGACCGCCAUUUAGUAAUGGCAGUGAUCUGACCCAAUUGCUGGUGGGUCUUUAGAAAAUGCUUGUGUCAUAAGCUGGGUCUGUGGUGAUCGUAAGUGUGUGUCUCCACAGUGUUUGCGGCGUGUACACGGUAUCAGUUUAAUGUGACAUUAAAAUGACCCACAGGGUUCUGCGCUGAGCAUCAUGAUUGUGAUUAUAAACAUGCUUUUUGUUUCCUCAUUCUUUUUUUUUUACUUUUUGUAUGGUACAUUUGUUUUUGUAUUUAUUAGAUGUUCUUUGUUGUGUAUGGUGUAAAUAGCACAAAUAAACACAAAAGAUAUAUUGACUGCCAUAACAUUAAAACAAUAAUGUACUGCAUAGCAUUACAUAGAAGAAAAUUCCAUAAUUAGAAUCAACAGAGUUGUCUAUAUACAGUGUCCAAUUUCAGUUUUAUAUUUAUUUAUAUAUGUGUAUUUUAGAAGCUUAGAUCAGUGUUUUCAAACUGUACCCUCUGAAAUAGAGUAGCACAAUAUGUUUCAGCAUUGACUUUGCAAUCUCCACAUCUGCAAUAGUCACAUCGCAGAACACACAGAGGAUUUUUUUUAAAGGAAAACCAUUUUGAAUUCCUUUGCCAGUGUUACAAUAAAUGUAUAUGAGAUACA